AAUGAUCAUGCUUUUUAUGUUGUUUCAUUUUGUAACUUUCCCAAUCAGUGAAGAGAGUAGUCGAAAGCCUAUCAUUUUGGUACCAGGUAUAGGUGGUUGUCAAUUGGAAGCAAAAUUAACUGACGAUUUUGAAGGUGACAAAGAUUGCCAUCAUGAAAGAGAAUGGUUUCGUGUAUGGGCAGAUGUAGCACAAUUUUCAAGUAUGUCAAAGGAAUCAAUUUGUCUUCAAAAGUAUCUUAAGCUAAUCUAUAACGAAACCACAAAGAUAUCUGAGAGUCCAAAGGGAAUUAAAACUAGAAUUCCGGGAUGGGGUGAAACAACCACUUUGGAAUAUGUUGAUCCUUCUUGGACUGCAUGGAUUUGGGGCAAUUUAGGAACUUAUUUGUCACCUUUAGUUAGUAGUUUACUUGCUCUAGGAUAUAAAAGAGGCCGAGACCUUAGAGGAGCUCCAUACGAUUGGAGGAAAGGUCCUCACAGUCAGAUUGACUUUUUUAUAAAAUUAAAAAUCCUUAUAGAAGAAACGACGAAUCUUAAUAAACAAAAAGUUGUCCUUUUUAGUCAUAGUUUGGGAGGAAUAUUCACUUUGUAUUUUCUUCAAAUAAUGCCAAGAGUUUGGAAAGAUAAACAUAUCGAUAAUUUCGUGGCAGUUAACUCUCCGUGGGGUGGAACUAUCCUAAGUUUACUCUGUUAUGCUUCUGGCUAUAAUUGGGGAAUACCAUAUGUUGACCCUCUGUCUUUGAGAGUACUUCAAAGAUCAUACGAAUCUAGUUCUUAUGUUUUUCCGAACAUGAAUUCAUAUAGUAAAAAUGAAAGCUUAGUUUUAACACCUUCAAAAAUUUAUACAAUUGAAAAUAUCGAAGAAUUUUUUGAUGAUAUUGAAUUUAAUAGAGGAAACGAGUUUUCAUAUAAUGUGAUGCCUAUAAUUAAAAUGUUGAUGCAUCCGGAAGUCACAGUUAAUUGCAUAUAUAGUAGUGGUAUCAAGUCUCCUGCAAAACUCUCUUAUGAACAAGGCUUUCCAGAUGAACAGCCAAAAUUUAUCUAUGAAGAUGGGGAUGGGACACUUAUCACAAGAAGCAUGAAAGCAUGUGAAAUAUGGAACGGCGAAAAAAGUCAUCCGGAUUACAAUUUCUAUUUACACCAUGUUCCAGGUGUAAAUCAUCAUGAUAUUUUAUCGAAUAAAAAUUUUUUGAAAAUUCUAAACAUUGUAAUUGAAUGA